AGCAAAUAUGGCAGAACUGAAUACGGGAAACAAAAUGCUAUACUUACGGGAGUUCAUAUUAAUUCAUUCCAAGCCCAAUUACAGGCAUUUUGUUUCCCGUAUUCAGUUCUCCCAUAUUUACUUAGACUUGUAUCUAUUGCACUGGCCUGUAAGGUUGAGGAAAGGACAUACCCUUCCACCAAAGGAGGAAGACUUUUUGCCUCUGGAUAUCAAAUCUACAUGGCAAGGCAUGGAAAAAUGUUUUGAAUUGGGUCUCACCAAAGCCAUUGGUGUGAGCAAUUUUUCCUGUAAAAAAAUUGAAGAUCUGUUGAAAUAUGCCAAAAUUCCUCCUGCUGCCAAUCAAGUAGAGAUGCACCCAAUGUGGCAGCAGAAAAAGCUAAGAGAGUACUGCAGUAAGAUGAAAAUUGAAGUAUGUGCAUGGUCUCCUCUCGGAGCUCCAAAAACUCCAUGGGGAUCCAACACGGUGAUGGACAACCCUGUGAUUAAGGAAAUUGCUCAAAAGCAUGGAAUGUCUAUAGCACAAGUAUAUACUUCUCAAAAGCAUGGAAAGUCUAUAGCAAGCUUGAGCAGAGCAAGAAUAUGAAGGGAGAAGAUCUUGUAAACUCAACGACUAGCCCUUACAGAACCAUUGAAGAGCUAUGGGAUGGAGAGAUCUAAUGCCUGACCAUGAGUUUAUUGCAAUUUCAUAAUAUGUUUUCAUCUUCUGUUUAGUUAAGUAAAUAAAUUGAGCCUGAAUUGAAGUGAUUCCUUCCAUAGGAUGUUUGUAUCCCUUACUUUAUUUGAUCAG